CUCACUUCUACGUCUCAACGCUCUCUGUUUACAAAUCUCAAAUACAAGUUUCUAGGGUUUCAAUUUCUACUUCUAUCAGAAAAUGAGUUCCACUGCUACAACCAAGGGAGGAAGAGGCAAGCCAAAGGCCUCCAAAUCUGUUUCAAGAUCUUCAAAGGCCGGUCUUCAAUUUCCCGUUGGAAGAAUCGCUAGAUUCCUAAAGGCCGGAAAAUACGCCGAACGUGUCGGUGCCGGUGCUCCUGUUUACCUCUCCGCCGUUCUCGAGUAUCUCGCUGCUGAGGUUUUGGAAUUGGCUGGAAACGCUGCCAGAGACAACAAGAAGAACCGUAUUGUUCCAAGGCACAUUCAACUCGCUGUGAGGAAUGACGAGGAACUCAGCAAGCUUUUGGGAUCUGUAACCAUUGCUAAUGGAGGUGUUUUGCCUAAUAUUCAUCAGACUUUGCUUCCCAAGAAGGUUGGAAAGGGAAAGGGUGAAAUUGGAUCUGCUUCUCAAGAAUUUUAGGGGUUUCAUUGCGACGUUUUGAUCUGAUCAUAGUUUAUUUUGAUGCAGUUGUAAUAUACAUGUUUAAUUUCUUUAUUUCUGCCAUGAAUUGAAAUGUAUCACUAUGAUAUAGUGAAUGGUUUUGUACUGAACCCUUAUAACUGGUGAUGAAUGGAUAACAAAUUUAUCGGUUUA